GUGCGCUUCAGCCUUCAAGUGAUUCCAUUCCCGUGCCGUGCCGUGCCGUCCCUAUCGCGGCGGAUCGCCACCCACUCGCGGCCGCUCCCCACCCCACUCCGCCCGCCUCGCUCCAUCCCGCUCCUCAGAUCCGACCCCGAUUCCCGCAACCCUAACGCCGGAUUCCUCCUCCGCGUCCCCACCCGCCGCCGCCAUUGUCAGAGGUGAACGAGAGGGGAUAGAUAGAGCUUGGUUGGUUAAGGUUAGUGAGGGAGGCGUAUAAGGAGGAGGGCAGGAUGUCGAGGAGGUCAGUGAAUCCGAGCCGUCGGGUGGCGGACGGGGGCCUGCCGUCCGUCGGCGGCCUGCUCCACCCCAAAUCACGCUCGCCGCCCGUGCUCACCAUUGUCCUCGUCAUCCUGGGUUUCGUUCUUCUGAUCGCCUAUUUCAACAGCGGCUCAGGUGUAACUGUUACAAGCAGAGAAGCUGUGAGCAGGUCGGAAGGUUCCUGCACAUCAGAAGUUAUACAGGCACUUCCUUAUCUUAAAAUAGCAUAUGGCAAUUCAAUGCGAAAGGUUCUCCAUGUAGGCCCUGAUAGCUGUACAAUAGUUUCUGGCUUGUUGAAAGAAAAAAAGGUUGAAGCUUGGGGACUGGAGCCUUAUGAUUUGGAGGAUACUGAUAGUAGCUGCAAAAGCCUUGUGCGCAAGGGCUUUGUUCGUAUGUCUGAUAUUAAGUUCACGCUUCCAUACCGCCCAGAUUCUUUUAACCUUGUGGUCGUGUCAGAUGCUUUAGAUUAUCUGACCCCAAGGUAUCUGAACAAAACACUUCCGGAUUUGGCAAGGGUUUCCACAGAUGGCCUUGUUAUCUUUGCUGGCAAUCCAGGUCAGCAGAAAGUUAAGGUUUCUGAACUACCGAAAUCUGGAAGACCGGCAAAGUUGCGGAGUUCUUCAUGGUGGACACGAUACUUUGUCCAGACUGGCUUGACGGAGAAUGAGGGACCAUUGAAGAAAUUUGAAGAGGCUGCAUCCAAGAACAAAUACAAACCAGACUGUCAGAUCUUCCACCUUAGUUGGUAGGCCUGUACUGAUCACGGUGAUGCCUAUCCACGAUACCUUGGAUCAUUGCCGCACCAGUUUUGUAAGCAAUAUCUUUGCUUACCCCGUUGACUUGCUCAUCUUUCAUGCGGAGGAAUUGUCACACAGAAGAGCCAGCCUUCAGCUGUAGGUAGCUUAUGUAGAGAGGCUUUACCACUUGUUACCAGAAAGUCAUUCUGGAAAUUAAAUUAUGUGUUAUUAAGGAUUGCAAAUUGUGAAGCCCUGUCGAUCUAUAUGUAAGAACUUUACACUGUUGUAUUCUGUUAUUCUUGGCGUCUCAGUUAUCUGAACUGAUUAAAAUGUAAGCUCAUCAUCCAAGGGAAGCAAUUCCGUAGCCCUUUGUCUGCUGCUUCGACCUAGCAGUAUGUCAUUUUCCGUAAGUUGGAUGAUGCUUAAAGUUGA